AUGAUUCUCUCACGGCGCGCAGUGCUCUUCCUUGGCCUCUCCUUUUUUGUCGUGAUCCUCUUCACAGCCCGCCAUCUGUCGCAACCAUGGAGUAAAUUCCCCCAGGCUGUGGGCCUAGGAGAAUUUGUCUACCCUGUGGGUAGAAAUGGCACCAAGUCCUCCAAUGGCACCAUGGGUCAGGGGGAUAGGAUCUUGUACGCGCCUCAGCCAAACUUUGUCCCCGGGAUCCCCCACCCGCCGGGGGUGGAAUAUUCGAAGAGGCUUGUUGUCCCGCGCACAAAGACAGAGGAUGUAAGUUGGAUUGAUCAGGAGCUACCUGAUUGGGACACUGCUAUAUACGUCGCGAACGAUCCUCACGCGCCACUUCACCCACCUUCGAAUAAAGGCCAUGAAGUCAUGGUAUACCUGACCUACGUGAUCGACUACUACGAUGAUCUAUCCGAUAUCUCCGUCUUCAUACACUCGCACCAGAAUGCAUGGCACAACGAUGAAAUUUUUGACGGGGACACGGCAGAGAUGCUCCGGCGUCUGAACUUGGCCCGAGUUGCGCGAGUGGGAUACAUGAAUUUGCGUUGCGGCAUGGCCCCCGGCUGUCCGGCCUGGAUGCACCCUGGAGCCACCGUGGAAGAUGAACAAAAACAAGAAGAGUUGAUGCUAGCCCGCGCGUGGGGCGAGCUUUUCCCCGACGAUCCAGUCCCAUCAGUGCUCGCACAGCCGUGCUGUGCGCAGUUUGCUCUGUCGCGAGAUCGCAUCCGAACGAUCCCUCGGGCCCGCUUUAUUUUCUACCGCGAUUGGCUCUUGCAGACUGAUCUGAGUGACUACAUCGCAGGACGCAUUUGGGAAUACCUUUGGCAAUACGUUUUCACCGGCGAACCGGUAGUUUGUGUAGAGGAGAACAUUUGUCUAUGUGACGGCUACGGGAUUUGUUUUGGCGGACCGGACGAAUUUCAGGUCUACCGAGAUAAAGCCGAUCAGCUGAGAUAUCUCCAGCAAGACCUCAAUUCUUGGUCAUUCCUGGCGGAUGAUCUUGAUUUCAUGGAUGAGAAUGAGGGACUGGCUGAAACGAUGGAUUUGAACAUUCCACCUCUUGGUCGUGAGGGCCAAAUGCAGGAGGAAGUCAAUACGGUAGAGCAGGAAGUUGUUGAUCUCAUCAACAAUGCCCUGCGACGUGGUGAGGACCCGAAGAACCGUGCCUUUGAAGCUCGCCGUCCCUGGAAGGAAGGCGAUGGUUUCUAG